GUUACAUUCUUUAAGAUAUGAAGUGCCCAACAUCAUAGUAAUAAGCUGAGUGAAGCUCAUGUAUAAAGGCCAAACGUGCAAACAAAACAUAGUGAACAGCACCAAAUCUGAGAUGACUCGACCCGACUCGUCAGCCCAUUUUUCAGGUCCAUUCAUGACAAAAACGAAGGACAAAGACCAUUGCUGAAACCGGAUUCUGGAGAUUGUUGAAGUUAACUUGUAGCUAUGUCAAAUUCAAAAGCUUUGAGACGUCUCCAUGGCGUUUUCUCUUCAACGCGAAAAGCAUCAAACUCCAUUAAAACAACACCAUCACCAAGAAGAACAGCUGCAAGAUUAACCUCAGGGAUCAAUCAAGUCCUCCUUAAGAGUAUUCAAGAUCUCCUCAAACAAAAAGACCCUCAAAAACUCGUACAACAAUUCAAAUCUCUGUCCAAGUACUCUUACUUCAGGCAAAGAUUUAAACUUUACGACAUCGUAAUUCAUCGUCUUGUUCUUGCAAAAGAGACUGCUUUAAUUGAAGAUGUACUAGAAUCCCAGAAAGAUUACAUUAACAAAGAAGCAUUCGGUGCUCGUAUUAUUCUUUUAUAUGGGGAAGCUGGUAUGUUUGAACAUGCACACAAGGUGUUCGAUGAAAUGCCUCAACGAGGUUUUAAACAUGGAGAAAGAUCAUUCAAUAUCCUUUUAGGAGCUGCUCUUAGAGCAGGGGAAUUUGGUAAAGUUAACGAGCUUUUUAGAGAAUUGCCCUCGAGAUUAGGGAUCAAACCGAGUUAUGUUGCUUAUAAUACUGUUAUUCAAGCAUUGUGUAAACUUAAUUUGUUAGAUGAAGCUGUGAGAUUAUUAGAUGAAAUGGAGGAAAAUGGCUUAAACCCAGGUGUUAUUUCGUAUAACAUACUUCUUUGUACGUUCUAUGAGAAGGGACAGUUCCAGGAAGGCGAUAAAAUAUGGGAUUGCAUGAUUAAUAAAGGUGUAAACCCUAAUGUAAUCAGCUAUAGUCAUAAGUUACUAAGACUUUUCAAUGAUGGGAAGGAUUCUGAGGCAAUGGAGUUGUUUACAGAACUGAAAAGUAAAGAACUGAAAUUCAAUGUUGGCAUUUACAAUGCUUUGAUUCUAGGAUCUUGUAAGAAUGAUGAUUUGGAUGGUGUAAGGCGGUGGUAUAAGGAACUUUUGAGAUGUUGUGGUAGGCCUAACAGGGUGACUUUCAGCAUCAUUGUUCCACUUUUGUGUGAUAAGGGUGAUUUUGAAUUGGCAUAUAUGGUGUGCUUGGAGAUAUUAAGACUUGAAUACUUGGUUGAUGAAGCUUUGUUGCAGAAGGUAGUUGAUGGAUUGGCAAAGAAUUCUAUGAUGGAGAAAGCAAAGGAUAUUGUUGCAUUUGACGGCGCCAAACUGUUUCGGUGAUGAAACGAGGAAGUGCAAAAGACACUUAAAAUACCUGGAGAUAGGUGUAAUCGGGUACAACUCUCAAUAUGCUGAAAGUGUUUAUGAUCCUUCCGCUGAUGAGACCUCAAAUCCUGCAAUACAACGUUAGCCUUGUCCGGGGGUGAUUUCUCGGAAAACCCCUCCGACGCUCAAGUCAGAUCGGGAGACAGAAAGCAAUGAAUAUAUGAUAAUGAAUGAAUACAAGAUUAACGGAUUGUAGGAUGAGUUCAGAUCAAUUGAAGGAAUAUUUGAUCAAGAAUAUAGAUUGUAAGUAGGAGGGUAGUGUCAUUUUUGUGGAGUAAUGGUGGGAAUAUAUAAACUUUCUUUCUAAUUAAAUGAUUGAAGGAAGUAUUUUUGGUAAAAUAAAUUGAAUGUAGAAGAGUAGAAUUGUCUCCCCUUUUAUGUAGUUUCAUGACAUAUUUAUAGCAAUUUCUUAUAAGGACUCUAAAUGUGGUUACUUGAUCAUGGGAUGAUCAUGAACAUAAUGUUUGUAGAUGUGGGAAUAAUGGGGAGUUAUUUUAGGAAGUGACUAAGAGUAGUGAUAGUAGUGGACAAAGGGGAUAG